GCCAAGGCGCCGCUGACGUGACACGACGAGUGAAUGUGAAUCCUAAGGCUACAUAGUUUCUUAGGUUAAGCGCUAACUAAUAGUAGUACUACUUCACGUUUGACAGUGUUUCUGCCUUGACAUCUAAUAACAUGGCUCAUCGUGUUGCUUUGGUCACUGGCUCCAACAAGGGCGUCGGUUUGGGCAUUGUGCGAGCCCUUUGCAAGAAGCUGGACAGCAACUGGACGGUGUACCUCACCUCCAUGAUUGAGGAGGAAGGCAAGGAGGCAGUGGCCAAGCUGAACCAGGAGGGCUUGAAGCCGGCCUACCACCAGCUAGACAUCUUAGAGCAGAGCAGCAUCGACAAGGUGCGGGCACACCUGGAGAAGGAACAUGGCGGAUUGGACAUUCUGAUCAACAAUGCCGGCAUUGCCUUCAAGGAAAGUGCCACAGAGCCCAUUGGCGUCCAGGCCAAAGCCACCCUGGCGACCAACUUCUUUGGGACCCUGGCCAACUGUCGAGCGCUGAUUCCACUGAUACGGUCCCAUGGCAGAGUUGUCAAUAUUGCCAGUCGACGAGGGAAGUAUGCAUUCGAGGCUAUGAGCCCUGAGGUCCAAGGUCGCUUUCGGGCCACAAGGACAGAACAGGACGUUGAAGAACUCAUGAAGGAAUACAUUGAGAUUGCUCAGGGGGGUGACCCUACCAGCAAGGGCUGGCCCACGUCAACGUACGGUACCUCCAAGAUGGGCCUGAUCGCACUGACCAAAAUCCAAGCCGCUGACGUACUCAAGGACAAGACGCGAGAGAACAUCCUGAUCAUGGCAUGCUGUCCUGGUUAUGUUCGGACGGACAUGUCCAGUCACAAGGGUGAGAUCUCCAUCGACGAAGGUGCCGACACCCCCGUCUACCUUGCCCUGCAACCCCCGGGCACCACAGAGCCCCAUGGCAAGAUGUACAGGGAGAGGGUAGUGUACUUUGAUUUCUGAGACUGCGGUGUCAGCCAGUCCUCGGGCACCCAGGGAUCAGGAGCGUCGGCACAGGCUAAAUUUGAAACCCCCCUCCCAUUUGACAACUGGUAUGUUACAACAUCACAUGGGUCCUGUUUGUUUCGCACAGAUCUGAAUCUCAAUCAGUGAUCUAAAUCUAAAUCAGUGAUCUAAAUCUCAAUCAGUGAUCUGAAUCUCAA